AUGCUGCAUCUCUCCGACACAUUCGUGCUGUCGGCGGGCACGGUGACGGUCGACGCGGCGCAGAAGCUGGUGCUGAUUCUCUACUCGCCGACCAGCAACACGCACUUCCUGCCCAAGGGCCGCAAGGACGUCGGCGAGUCGCUGCCAGCCGCCGCCGUGCGCGAGACCCUCGAGGAGUCCGGCUACCGCGUCGCGCUGCGGCCGCACCGCCUGCCCACCAACGCGACCAACCAGGCGAAGCCGACUGCUGCUACUACUACUACUACUACUACUACUACGACUACUAAGGAUAACAAUAAUAAUGGUGGUGGUGAAGAUCCUCCUCACGACCCUGCUCAGCCUGCUGUCUCUCCCGUUCCUACUGCUGCUCGCGCCGCUACUCGCCGUGUUCCUGCUAGUCCUCCUCGUGCUACUGCUCUGCCUCGCCAUCAUCCUGUACCUAGUUCUGCGACGGGCGCUGAGACGGGCAGCAACAGCAACAACAGCGACGGGUUCUCACACCGCCAGCCGGCCCCGCACCCGCUGGCGCCGCCGCACGUAGAGCCCAUCGCCGUGCAGCAGCGCACGUACCCGGACGGCUGCCACAAGCUGGUGUUCUGGUUCCUGGCGGCGGCCGACGCGCGCGCCGCGCCGGAGCGUGCGCACGCGGGCUCGGAGCCGUGGGAGGAUUAUGAGGUGCGCUGGAUGGCGCCGGACGAGGCGCUGCGUGUGCUGUCGCGCGAGGAGGAUGCGAGUGUGGUGCGGUGGGCGGUCGAGGGGGCGGGUGUGGGCUGGGGGGAUGAGUGA